AUGCAAUGUUCGUGUGGAGUGAUGGCCUCUCGGAAUGUCGUGAAAAAACAAGGACCCAACCAAGGAAGAGUCUUCUUUUCGUGUGCAAGUCGUAGUUGUAAAUUUUUCAAGUGGGGAAGUAGUGGUUCGGAAGAUGCUGCUGUUGUUGCCUCUACUCAGAAAGAUUCAUCAUCAAGCAGUCAGGAAUUCAAUAGUAAUUCGAAUAAUAAUAUUAAUAAUAAUAAUAAUAUUCACACAAGACAAAAAUUUCAACCUCCUCCGAGAAACACGAGUGCGGAGUCAUCAUCACAGCAACACGUAGAUAAAAUAAGGAAUUCAAAUACUACUUCAGGGUCUUUUGGACUCACAAUACCAAAAUGCAAACAUGGCCUGGAUGCAAUUUUGUUAAAAGUUAAAAAGGAAGGACCGAAUCAGAAUAAGUUGUUUUGGUCUUGUACGGAGCAAAAUGAUUCUUGUAAAUUUUUUGAGUGGUUUAAGGGAAAUCAUUCUGAUUAUGAACAUUUAAUUAAUGUUAAUCCAAACAAGAAAAAGAAUAGUUCAUCAAGUCUAGAUGAAACAGAUCCAAAGAAAUCAAAGAAAAAAAUUGAAAUGGAAAUUUGUACACUAGAGAUGAAUGACAACAACGAAUUAUCAAUGAGACAAUUUGACACAGACAAUACUAUUGAUGAAGAAAUACUGUCUAAACAUAUGAAAAACUCAAUUGCCCUUAGACUCAUUGUACCAAUAACUGAUUGUUUAACACUUAAAACAAUUCUAUCUCAAUACAAGUGCCUAAACGACAAAGAAGAAAAAGAAGAGGAUGAAGAGUCCAAUGCUAGAGUAGCCAAUCUAUUUUAUGAAUACUCGAAUUACAACUCAAUUUUGAAAACUCUCAAGAACUCAAAUGAAAUAUCAUCAAAGUACAAUGUUAUUGAGAUACCUUCCUUUGUACAAAAUCUGAUAGAAAAGUACCAAAAUUUGGCCAAACAAAAUAGUUCCAUGGAUGUGUGGAAUAGAAUACCUCAAAAACUUCAAGACUCUUUGCUUCCAUUUCAGAAAACAGGUGUAGAAUUUGGAAUCAAACGACAAGGAAGAAUAAUGAUUGCAGAUGAGAUGGGUCUUGGAAAAACUAUCCAGUGUAUUGCAAUUGCAUGUCAUUUUUCGAAUGACUGGCCGCUUUGGAUUGUUUGUCCCGGCUCAUUAAAGGCAAACUGGAAAAAAGAAAUUCUCAAGUGGAUUGGAGGAAAUACUUUGUAUAUUAAUGGAAGCAAUGAAUUGAUAACAAGUAGUCAAAUUAAUGUUAUUGACACCUCUAACCAAAUUGAUGACGGAACAUCACUUAUUAAUAUCAUUUCUUAUGAUUUACUUGCCAAAGACAAUGUUAUAUCUGUGGUUGAAAAUGAGUUUAAGGAAAACAAAACUGGAAUGAUCAUUUGCGACGAAUCUCACCUGUUGAAAAGUUUAUCAAGCAAGCGUUCACAAAAUCUUGUACCCUUGAUCGAGAGAGCAAAAAGAGUGAUUUUAGCGAGUGGUACAAGCUGCAUGUCUAGACCCAUUGAGCUUUAUUCACAAAUUAAGGCAAUUUUACCUGAUCACAAAAUUACCAAGUUGGACUUUGGUUAUAGAUAUUGUGGUCUCCAUCAACAGCCAAGAAAUGAUUCAGAUUAUAAGGGAUCAAGCCGACUUUCAGAGCUAUUUUGUCUCCUUGUCAACACCAUCAUGAUACGAAGAUUAAAGAGGGACGUCCUUGGCGAUUUGCCACCAAAGAAAAGAUCGAAAUAUUAUUUGCAAGUCAAGGAAGAGUAUUUAAAGAAGCUCAACUCUAUUGGAGAAUCAAGUGGACAACAAAAGAAACACUCAUAUUUUGGAGGUGAUUGGCAAAAGCUUCAGCGAGAUAGAGAUAUAGUUGCAAAGUAUAUGAAAACCGCCGAGGCGAAAAUAGAUGGAAUCAAGCAAUACCUUAGAAAAUUAAUUCCAAGACGAGAGAAGUUUUUGAUUUUUGCACAUCAUCGAUGCGUGAUGGACGCCAUCGAAGAGACUGUUAAAUCAGAGCUUGCAAAAUUGACCAAGACAUUUUCAUCUCGAGUUAGUGAUGAUAUUUUAGAUGCUGAUCCUUUUAAAGCAAGCAAUAGUUCUCAAACAAAGAAAUCUAGUUUUGAUGAUGACAUUGAUGUUGAUUUACAGGAUGAAGGCAUAUCGUUUGAUUAUAUUAGAAUCGAUGGAGACACAAAAGAUAGAGAAGCAUUAACUCAUCAUUUUCGGUCUACUGACAAUUGUCUUGUUGCCAUUCUAUCAAUGAAUGUUGCUGGGUGUGGUCUGAAUUUUGUUCCUUGUAGUCAUGUUGUAUUCGCAGAACUAAGUUGGAACCCUGCCUUAUUGAACCAAUGUGAGGAUAGAUGUCACAGAAUCGGUCAGAGAGGAGCAUUUGUUGACAUUACUUACCUAUUAGCAAAAAAGACAUUGGAUGAUUUUAUGUGGAACUUAUUGACAAAGAAGGCAGACAUUACAGAUCUAGCUCUGAACGGACAAAAAGAGGAGAAAUCGAAUCACUUGACAAGAAGCGUUGAAGACAUUACUACUCCAAAGAAAAAGCCGCUUUCUUUUGGUAGUGGCUCAAUUGAGAAGUAUCUCAACAAACCCUCCCCCGCAACCUGCACAUCCUCAGAGUCAACCACUUCUACUUCACCGAGCAGUACUCCACCGCAUCCAUCUAACAGUCAUGACACCGAUGAUGACGUGGUUGAAAUUGAUUUGAAUCAUACUGUUCCUAUCGCACAACAAUCGAAAAGCAAAGUGCCUUCAUCAAAACGUCCACCCUCUACCUCUCCUUCCAAUAACAACAACAGCCCCAAAUCAAAGACACAACCUUCUUCCAAAAAGAAGAAACAUUCGUUUCCUCAACAGAAAAACACUCUCUUUUCAUAUUAUGGUGUUAGUAGUAAGUGUGACGACUCUGAAUAA